CCCGCUCCGGGCAGCAGCCUGGGCGUGUGAGGACGGCAGGAGGAGGGGAGCCCGCUCCCCUCACACAGGGCAGGGAGGUGUCGCGGAGGUGCCACCAGGGGGCGCUGUGGGAGGCGGCGUUAACGGGCUCGAGGCCGCGGUGGCGGGAGCGGCGCUUGGGCCCGGCUGCGUGCUUUGCCUUCCGCGCUCCCGAGGAGCGGCCGUGGCCUCCCGCCCCUUGGGCCCAAUCUGUUGGCGACCCUUGAUGUCCGACUGCGGUUGGGGUGAAGAAGAAGAAGGAGGAGGAGGAACAGGAGCGGGCUGGAGUGAGAAAAAGCUGCGAGAAGCCAUGUCUGCGCCCGCCGGGCUGCCGCCGCGGCCCGCCGGUGCCGCUGUUUACCCCAGUAGGCCCGGCGGUUCCCGGGAGGCCGCGGCUCUCCAGAGCGGCGAGCCUCGCUAUCAGAACGGUCCUGUGCAGGGUCACGUGCAGUUCCCCUCUGGCUAUGACUCGCAUCCUCCAAACUAUAGUGCGCCUUCAGGACACUAUUCCCAAGUGCCCAAUAAAGCUGCUGCUUCACAUUUGGAUAAUCAGUAUAGAGCAAAUUACUACCCUACUUACUAUUCAGCACCAGCACAAAAUGUUAUGACUCCUUCUGCGGGUACCAAUGCUUUGAAUACACAGGAGUCGCAGCAGCUGUACAACAAUAUUCCUCCCCAUACAGUGGGGUCAGCUGAAGGACCUAUUCAAGGAGCAAUAUCAUGUGCAUCCUACUUGCAUACAAGUGCUCAGCAGUCAUAUGCAGCAUUUGAUAAUCACUACGGCACUUCUGUCAGCUCUUCAGUUACAUCUCAGGGAUUUCCCCUCAAUUCUGAUCGCUACACCAUGCCCCUGGCUCCUGGUGCCACGUAUCCUAAUGUUUCCUAUCCUGUGGCUGCUGGCAGUGUGUACGGGCAGGCAUUUACCUCUCAGACCCUACCUGCUCCUGGACAGUUCAAAGAGACAAAUACAUUUUCUAGCCAGAGUACAUCAGUACCUCGUUCCCUUCAGCAGCAUGUUCCCAUGGGAUAUAAUACAACAUUAUCAACUACUUCAUCUGCUCAGUCCAUUCAAGACAACCUCUGCAGGAAUCUCGCUGGAUCAGUUUCUAAAGUAAACAACCAAAUAAAUACAGGUGGUGGUGAUUCUUCACAGCCUGUGCAUUCUGUGAGCCAGAGCAUUCUCUUCACCAAGCCUGGGGCUGGAACAUCUGCUUCCUCUCCUGUGAUCUCACCAGUAAGGACACCUGCUCCAAGCCUUUCUUCCAAGCCACAGUCUUCACCCUCUGUUGCACAGUCACCAGAGCUGGGCCUUCAGGAAGCAAUUGAUAGUUCCUCUACUACAAGCAGUGCCUCUCCUGUUCUGAACAAUUAUGAUGCCCUGGAAGGAGGUGGCUAUCCAGAGACACGUUCUGUGAGCAGCAGCCCAGUUCCUGCUUCAUCAGCCCCACAAACACCAAAAGCUUCUAAGCCUUUUGGUUACGGAUAUCCAACACUGCAGCCUGGCUACCAAAACGCCGCACCUACUCCUGUGCAGCCCAGUAAUCCAGGACACCAUCCUGGGUUUCAGCACUAUACACAGCAAUAUCCAGGUGUGAACCAGCUGUCCUCUUCCAUAGGAGGGUUAAGUUUACAGCAUAGUCAGCAGCCAGAAAGCUUGAGACCAGUAAACCUCACACAAGAUAGAAAUAUUUUGCCUGUAUCUUCAGUUCCAGCCCCUGUGCCUAACUUGAAUUCUGAACUUAGGAAAUUAAACUGCAGUCCAGAUUCAUUUCGAUGUACAUUGACAAAUAUUCCACAGACACAGGCUUUGUUAAACAAAGCUAAACUUCCUUUAGGUUUGCUGCUACAUCCCUUCAGAGACCUAACGCAAUUACCAGUAAUAACAUCAAGUACAAUAGUGAGAUGCAGAUCCUGCAGGACGUAUAUCAACCCUUUUGUUUCUUUCAUUGAUCAAAGGAGGUGGAAAUGCAAUCUGUGCUAUAGAGUUAAUGAUGUUCCUGAAGAAUUUAUGUAUAAUCCUCUGACGCGAUCUUAUGGAGAGCCUCACAAACGGCCAGAGGUCCAAAAUUCUACAGUGGAAUUCAUUGCUUCCUCAGACUAUAUGCUUCGUCCUCCUCAGCCUGCGGUAUAUUUAUUUGUUUUAGAUGUAUCUCAUAAUGCAGUGGAGGCUGGAUAUUUGACAAUAGUCUGCCAGUCAUUGCUGGAAAACCUAGACAAGCUGCCUGGAGACUCGAGAACAAGGAUAGGGUUCAUAACGUUUGACAGCACUGUUCAGUUCUACAACUUGCAAGAAGGUUUAUCGCAGCCUCAGAUGCUGAUUGUCUCAGAUAUCGAUGAUAUUUUCCUACCUACACCAGAUAGUUUACUUGUAAAUCUCCAUGAAAGCAAAGAGCUCAUAAAAGAUCUAUUGAAUGCAUUACCAAAUAUGUUCACCAAUACAAGAGAAACACACAGUGCGUUGGGCCCUGCUCUUCAGGCUGCAUUUAAAUUGAUGUCUCCAACGGGUGGUCGGAUAUCCGUGUUUCAGACUCAGUUACCAUCUUUGGGAGCAGGGCUUUUGCAUUCCAGAGAAGAUCCCAAUCAAAGGUCAAGCACAAAGGUGGUCCAUCAUCUUGGUCCAGCAACGGAUUUUUAUAAGAAGUUGGCACUGGACUGUUCAGGCCAGCAGACUGCUGUGGAUUUAUUUCUCUUAAGUUCACAGUAUUCUGAUCUAGCUUCUCUCGCUUGCAUGUCCAAGUACUCUGCAGGGUGCAUCUAUUACUAUCCAUCUUUCCAUCGUAGCCAUAAUCCUGCUCAGGCCGAAAAGUUGCAAAAAGACCUUAAAAGAUACCUUACGAGAAAGAUUGGAUUUGAAGCAGUUAUGCGCAUAAGAUGCACAAAAGGUCUUUCAAUACACACUUUUCAUGGGAACUUUUUUGUACGAUCUACUGAUUUAUUGUCCCUUGCCAAUGUCAAUCCUGAUGCUGGAUUUGCAGUACAAAUGUCCAUUGAGGAAAGUCUGACUGACACAUCUUUGGUUUGUUUUCAAACAGCUCUGUUGUAUACUUCAAGCAAAGGUGAACGUCGAAUCCGAGUGCACACGCUUUGCUUACCUGUAGUAAGUUCACUGGCUGAUGUAUAUGCAGGAGCGGAUGUACAAGCAGUUGUAUGUCUCUUGGCAAACAUGGCUGUGGAUCGUUCAGUUUCAUCUAGUCUUUCAGAUGCAAGAGAUGCCUUAGUUAAUGCUGUGGUAGAUUCCUUGGCAGCAUACAUGUCAACUGUCUCGAAUCUGCAGCAGUCCAUGCUAAUAGCACCAAAUUCCCUCAAGUUGUUUCCACUGUAUGUUUUGGCCCUUCUCAAACAGAAAGCAUUUAGAACAGGCACAAGUACACGCUUGGAUGAUCGUGUAUAUGCAAUGUGCCAGAUGAAGAGCCAGCCUCUUGUUCAUUUGAUGAAAAUGAUACAUCCCAACUUGUACAGGAUAGACAAGUUGAUUGAUGAGAGUACAAUACAUGUAAAUGACAGAGUUGUUCCACAGCCACCUCUUCAGAAGCUGUCUGCAGAAAAGUUGACAAGAGAAGGAGCUUUUCUAAUGGAUUGUGGCUCAAUUUUUUACAUUUGGAUUGGAAAAAGCUGUGAUAACAACUUCAUAAAAGAUGUCCUUGGAUACCCAAACUAUGCAUCAGUACCACAGAAAAUGACACAGCUUCCUGAAGUAGAUGCACUUUCUUCAGAAAGGACACGAUCUUUUAUAUCUUGGCUUAGAGACAGUAGACCUUUAAAUCCAGUUCUUCAAGUAAUAAAAGAUGAGAACCCUGCCAAAACAGAUUUUUUUCAGCAUUUAAUUGAGGAUCGGACAGAAGCAGCUUUUUCAUAUUAUGAAUUCUUACUUAAUAUUCAACAGCAGAUCUGUAAGUGAACAAGGAAUAAAAAGAAGAAAAAUCCUGACUUCAGAGAGAAGCAUGGGCCCAGAGAAGCAUAUCAGAAGUUACAAAAAGUGGAUGCUUGUUCUUCAGACAAUAUACAGUGACCAGCACUGUUUUGGAAGCUUUACAGCUAAAGAAGUAUACAUUUCCAAAAGAAUUUUGCAGUUUUACUUCAGUCUAAAAGUGGUAGGAGUGAUGAAGCUGUUUCACUAGUAAACUUUAAAUUGGUUUGUACACGUUUCCACUUGUGCAGCGGUAUGGUGCUCUGUUUAUUGCAAGCUGGUGAAUUUAUGUAGCUAUGUGGGAUAUUUCUUAAUGAAAUGUACAAUUAGGUAAAGCCUUUUUUCUUACAUUUAUUAUAGAAGCCCUUCCAGAUCCAGAUUCUUAACAGAGAUGUCAAAGGGCAGUGAUGUAUGUUGGUUGUUUAUAUGAAUUUCUUUUUAAAAGGAAUGAUUAAUACUUACUAAAGACUUCAGCAAAUUCCCUCUGAAAGUUGUAGAGUUUCAGUAAAGUACAUCAAUUGUAGAAAUAAAAUAUAUAAUGUACAUAAGUAUUACAUUUGUAAAGAAAAUGUAAAAAAUGUAAGUAAAAAAAAAAAAAGACUUAGCUCAGUGUGCAGAGGUGUUGAGUGCUCAACGAUGAAUUGUUCUGUCCCAGGCUAGACAAUGAAGUUGACUAUUAAAACGUGCUAAAAAAAGUAUCCGUGUAGAAGGAACACAGCUGCUGCUUCUGUUAAUUUUAGGUGAAUUUAUUUAUGAUUGGCUUACUAAUUAAAAAUAUUUUGCUUUAUCAUGCGUUUUUAUAUUUAUGCAAGUAUAAUCUUUUUGCAACUAACUCUUACUGAACUGAAUAUUAAAGAGAACAUGUUUACUGCUUUAUUUCACAGACCUCUGGAAGGGAGGAGAAAGCACUGCAUAGUCUGAAAUGAGCUAUUGAUAUGAAGUUCUUAAAACCCUUCUUAUGUAUUAUCCUAAAGAAGGCAUAUCUGUUAGCCUCGUUUUACGUUUUGUAAACUACUGUAGUCUUGGUCUGAGUUUCUGUAAUUUGUGUCGUCUGCCAUUUAGAGUAAGCAUGGGUAAUCACUCACACUUGAUGAUUUGAUUUCUGCUGUGAUCUAAAGAAAAAAAAAGAGGGGGUGUAAAAGUUAAUUACGUCAAUGGAAGCAAAGGCUUGAAAAUGUUCAAAUUCAAAAUGUAAUCACACUGUUGCAUCUCUUUGAAACCUUGGGCUUAGUAAUGUUUUGGUAACUCGAUGGUUUGGGCUUUUUGAUAGGUUUAUCACAGAUUUUUAAAUUCGGUUGUUAAUUUGGGAUGGCUUUUGUUUUGUUAUUUUGGGGGGGUUUUGAGGCACAUUAGAAAUAAUUCAUAAUGCACAAUCACUCAUACUUACUAUUCUGAACUUUGUUUAUUUAAGUGCAACAAAUAAAUGAUGAUUAGUAUGAUUACAUUUUAUCUUAAAGUAGCCUUGAAAAUGCUAAUAUUGCAUUUUUGACUGCCAUAGCCCCUGAAUCAAAUAAUCAAGAAAAAAAUGUACUAGUUUUGGUUUGCAAAUGCUUUAAAAGCUACACUAAUUAAAUUCUGCGAGUGGUGUUAUUCUGCAUGUUAGCACAAAGUCAUUGUUUGGAGAAGAUACCUUUAUAAGUUAUAUUUGUAUGUUGUCCUUAACUAAAUGUGUUUAAGUUACCCAAAGAUUACUUAAGAGAAACUUUCCAUUUAGCAAAUUAAUUUAUCAUGUAAUAAAUGUCUGAGGCGAUGUCUGAAUGUUGUCCCUAAAUCAGACCUCCUUGAUUUCAAUACUUGUUUAUAGAUUAAUUUGCAUUGAGUGAAAGCUUAGUGCUGCUGAAGUGGGGCAUCUUAAAAAUAAUUUGUAAUUGCAGAAAUGAAAAUGGGAUAAUUACAAUUUUAAAUGCCCCAUGAUAGAUGCUUCUGACUUACAAGCUUGGUACUGAAUAUCUGGGAACACACUAUGCCAUGAUUAAUUGCAACAUAUUCUGUAAAACCGUUACUUAAAGCUUUAUUCUUCUAUGGGUUUUGUAUAUAAAAAUUAUGGAAAAUACAUCUUGAGAGCUAUUUGUUCAGUAAAAUUAUUACAUGGCACAGAGAA